UCAGGGGUGUGUCGUCUUGUUCUGAGAGCUUUGCCUAGGGACAGCAGACGGGGGAGCAGGCCCUGCCAGAAAUAAGGGGAGGACCCUGAGUCAACACAGAGGGGACCACACCCCCCAGAACAACGGGACCUCCCAGGGUCCAGCGCACCCCUCUCGUCAGUACUGGGGGCUCCAGGCUGUGCUUGCCUCUGCACCCUGACGCGCCCCCUCAUUUCCUCCUACAGGGGCUCCAGGAACCAGGAGGUAAAGGUCUGAGGUACGUGAACCCACAUCACAGAGCAGAGGAGGCCCAGGCAGUGUCAGCAGUCCAGGUGAGGUGCAUGCUCGGAAUGUGUCCCCAGGGGCUCCCCCACCCCAGAACAGAGGGGACCCCACUGUCAGCCCCAGAACCUUGGGAGUGCUGGCUGUACCCUGAGGAGCCGUCUCACUUCCUCCUUCAGGAUCUUACGGGACAGCGCGCUGAGGAGACCCAGGCCCGAGAGCACCCACAAAGAGGAGACCUGUAAGUCGCCUUUGUCCGAGCCUCCUAAGGUGGCUUUCUCAGCUGAGGCCACUCACACUCCCUCUCUCCCCCAGGCCCGUGGGACCCCAUCGCCCACCUCCUGCCCAUACUCCUGUGGCGGCCUGACACGCGUCAUCAUGCCUAGAGCUCCGAAGCGACGACGCUACAUGCUGGAAGAAGACCUUGAUUCCGCAAGUGAGGCCCAGGGCCUCUUGGGUGCACAGGUUCCCGAGGCUGCGGAAGACGAUGCUUCCUCAUCCUCCUCUACCACCUCCUCCUCUUUCCCCUCCUCUUUUCCCUCCUCCUCCUCUUGCAAUCCUCUGAGUUUCAGCCCUCCAAGCACCCCGGAGGAGUUUUUUCCUGUUUCUGCCACACUGAAUCCUUCCCUGAGCUCUCUAAGUGUCAGCUGCCCCCUCCCUGCUCCUAUCUCCACCCCAUUGAGCCAAUCCAUGUGCCAGGAAAUGGAGGUUUCCCAUGCCUCACCGGCCCUGCCACACCCCGAGCCCUUGCCCAGAUAUGUGAUUGAUGACAAUGUCUGUGACCUGAUGGGGUUCCUGCUCCUGAAGUAUCGCACAAAGGAGCUGACCACUAAGGCAGAAAUGCUGAGUAGGGUCAUCAGAGAGUGUCAAGAUCACUUCUGUCAGAUCUUCUGUGAAACCUCUGAGUGCCUGCAGCUGCUCUUUGGCAUUGAUGUAAAGGAAGUGGACUCCAUCAACCACGUCUAUGUCCUGGGCACCACCUUAGGCCUCACCUAUGAUGGGAUGGGGAGAAAUAUGCGUAGCAUGCCCAAGACCGGCCUCCUGGUGCUUAUCCUGUGCAUAAUCUUCAUGGAGGGUGACCGUGCCCCUGAGGAGGCUGUCUGGGAAAAGCUGAGAGGCAUAGGGGUGUAUGCUGGGAGGGAGCAUUACAUCUAUGGGGAGCCCAGGGAGCUCAUCACCAUAAUUUUGGUUCAGGAACAGUACCUUGUGUACCAGCAGGUGCCUAAUAGUGAUCCUGCUCGUUACGAGUUCCUGUGGGGUCCCAGGGCCCACGCUGAAACCACCAAGUUGAAAGUCCUCGAGUUUUUGGCUGAGACCAAUGGGCGUGACCCCAGGUCUUUCCCAGUCUGGCAUGAGGAGGCUUUGAGAGAUCAGGAAGAGAGAACCCAGGCUGGAAUUGCCACCGAUAUGGCCAGCGCAAGUUCUAGAGCCAUGCCCAGUGGGUUCUCCCGCCAGGAGUGA